AUGCAGACUGCUUCUACAAAUAUGUGAAAGAAUGGGUCGCUCUCAAGAGCUCAGUGAAUCCAAGCGUGGUACCGUGAUUGGUUGCCACCUGUGCAAUAAGUCCAUCCGUGACAUUUUCUUGCUACUAAAUAUUCCUCGGUCAACUGUUAGUGGUAUUAUAACAAAGUGGAAGCAACUGGGAACAACAGCAACUCAGCCACCAAGUGAGCGGAGUCAUGCUGAAGCGCACAGUGCACAGAAGUCGCCAAAUGUCUGCAGAGUCAAUUGCUAAAGAUCUUCAAACUUCCUUUGGCCUUCAGAUUAGCACAACGACAGUGCAGAGAGAGCUUCAUGGUAUUGGUUUCCAUGGCUGA